CAGUCCACUGUGCGCCACAGCACGUGGUAGCGCGUGGGUGCCUCGCGCGGGGAACGACGAAAAGAAGAAAGAAGGAACGAGAGAGGCAUGGGUGGGGUUCUCGAGGACGAAUCGUUUCGCUUUCCUCGCAGGAACGUCUUGUGCGAGUCGUCCCGUAGUGUAACGAACGUGUCUCUCGCGAGCGGUCGGCAACGCGCGACGUCUUCGAGCGGUAAUGGCCGUUCGCGCGUCGAAUAUCUAGUUCGUGCGGCCCUGUAAGAGAGAGAUGGACGUUUCGAGGUCACUCGGGCCUCCUCGCGGGCUCUGAGAGAGCUGCCGAAUCAGUGAAACUGGAGCAGCGAGAGGCGUCGCGCCGCGCGGAUACAGGCGGACGUACGACGUUGUUCCACGAAGCUGUCAAGAUCUGACGUCGGCGGGAGUACACAAGGUGGUGGCCGCGUCUUAUCAUGCUUAUCGACUGGCUGCGCGACAACGACGAAAACGACGAACACUGACCUCGCUGUAUCGUGCCGCGCUCUCGCAGCAGCUGCAGGCCUCGUCGAAGCUCAAUGAUCGUGAGUCUGGUGUUCCGUGACUCAUUAUUCGCAGCUUGGCAGCGAUUCGCCGUGGAGGAAGGAAUCGUCUCGCGCGGAUUUCGACAUCGUUGCCGCGGAGGAGAUAUUUUAGCAUCAAAACGUACAAGUGAUACUCAUGAUGGAGAAAAAAGGCUUACGGAAGAAGGACAUGUUGAGGAUGGACGGACUGUUGCCGCCAACGCGGCGUUUACCUGUUUGCAACGCGGUGUCCGGCGCGCCGGACAAAAAGAAGGACAAGAAAUGGUCUAUAGGCGGCAUCCUACGGCGAAUAUCUUCGAUAAGGGACUACGACAGUUCCUCUAACGACGAGGAGAUUGUCUACUGCAAGAGAACACCUAGGAAGCCUGCAAAGCUGAACAGGCAAGCCGACGGUGUCGUCCUCCAUUCAAUAGAGAACAACACGGAGCACGAUAACAAGCGACUGCUGAGGGUCGAGAAUAACCCUCCUUAUCACUCGGCGGGAUCGCCGUCGCAGUUGCGUCGUGACUCGCUACAAUCUCGUAGCAGCGACGGCUCCUUGGACGGUCUGAACAAGAAGACUCGGAAGAACAAAUUGAAAGCGCGAGCCGAAGCGAAGAGGGACCACCUGCGCGCCGACAGCAGUUCCGACGAGGACUGUCGGCGGUCCAACGGAUCGCUCAACCGAUUCCACGGCGCAGACGGUCAGCGCAACAAUAUGUGCAAUAAGAAGACGCGAGCCGCCCGUACGGAGCGAUACAUCAAGCGUUUGUCGAAGGACGACGGGAACGGCAGCGGCGACGCUUCGAACGAGCCGCAGCACAAGUAUUCCUCGGAAUACACGGCGGAGGACGAGCAACAACAACGCGUCGUUUACGGUGAUGCCAACGGAUUCUGCCGACCGCCCGUGCAUCCUCGUCGGGCGAUCGCCGUGAUGACCGUUGAGAAACCCUCGAGCAAUCGCGCGUUGCCUCCUCAGAAGUCCUCAGUGGAGAGCCUGCGGAUCGAUGUGGAUUGCGCGGCUCCACCCGACCCCGAGAUCGACUUCAGGAGGUACUCCGUAGGACGAUACGUCACAGACAUGAAUCAGAAUAACACUUACGGGAAGGUCUCGCGAAAUGUCGGCGUGUACAUGGACAACCGUCAGGACGGCAACUUCUUCACGUAUCCCGCGAAGAACGUCGGUUGUUAUCCGUUCGAUCACGCUGUCGAGCGUCGGUUGGUCAGCCAAGACAAUCAGCCACCUGAGCCACCGCCGAGGGAUCCUCGUUACCGUGUAUUCGGUUACGGGUACAACUCUUAUCCGGCGAACAGACACCAGAGCGCGUCGAGUUGCUACGAGCGAGGAGACAUGAGAGCGGCGAACGUCGCGAACGAAUUGUCGGGGCCGGAUCGGCGGAACUUUCGAACGUACGGCUCGAACAAUGAGAUCGCCCUACGAUACGACACGAUCGAGCUGGAGAAACCGAAGCCCAGGCUGGGACUUUGCAAUUCGCUCGAGUACAUGAACAACAAGUAUAAUUCCAGUCGGCACGGCGCGGCGAACGAGUCGCUCAGCAGGGAGACGAUGGAAUGCCGGCGCAGGAACAUUCGCAACGACGCGAAUUCUGCGAGCGCGUGCACCGCUAAAAAUAAAUCAGCGAACAUCUGCGAGUCGAGUAAACGCGAGACUGCUCCGUCGCACGUAUCCGCCGCGUCGACCGACCGGCUGUCCAGGAGGUCUCCUUGCGAACGUGUUACUUCGCGUUCCAUCACUCCCACACGCGACAAGAACAACGUCGUCGAGAAGAGCAACAGGCUGAUGACACCGGCCGAGGAAGCUAUGGAGAGACGCAGGAGCUCGAAGAAUCUCGAGGAAGCCUUGUCCGAGCUGGAAGCGAUCUACAACAGUCUCCGUCUCGGCGACGAGGAUCUCCUGGACCGCGCUGAACGUCGAAGCAUGGAGGAAUUUAGUCUGAAGCAAGCUAGAAGCGAGCUGGACGCGGCGACCGCGAUCACCCCGGACUCGCCGGAUCGGACGAAGGACGACAUGGCCUAUCGACGAAUGCAUCCCAAGGAGAGGCCCGCAUCAUUGUCGGAUAUCGCCGGGCGGUCCACCCUGCCCAACAUCAGCUACCUUGUCGCCUCGCCCGUGCUCUCGCGCAGAGAUCCGGAGGAUGACUUGAAGCGCGCGUCGACGAGCGUCGGCUACCCGGCGGUCCGUCGCGACGAACCGGACGUGACCCGCGACGAUAUGGUCUUCCGCAGCAUAAGUCGCGCGAACAACACCCUCAAGGUGAUCGAUCCGCAGCCGCCGUUCGGGAUCCCGCUCGGCCCGGUGACCGCCGCGACGGAGAGCGAUUACCUGCACACGACGCCGACGAAGCCGGAACAGCCGCGCUCGCCGUACAUACCGCAAUGCCAGCCCGACGUGGUCACCGAUGACUUGGCUUACAGGGCUCUGAGGAAGGACACGGCACGGAACGGCGGCGUGUCGGCGGAGAGCAGCAAGAUCGACGCGCCGAGCGUGAGGAAAAAGCGCGCCGUCAGGUCGCUGUCGGCCAAUCUGUACGGACUGAUGAAUCACGAGGAGAUUCACUUGCGACGUGAGCCCAACCUCGACGCUAUCAAAGACGAGAUCCGGGAUGUUGCGAGGGGUUCGGCCGCAACGUCCGAGCGACCGGGGUAUCUGAGACGCGUGGUGAGCGACGGCGAGCUGUCUGAUAACGAUACUCGCUGGCGAAAAGAACCGGCGAGAGGGGGCGACAUCGAUAUCAACGGCAAUCACCCGACGGUGGACGCGUACCGGAAGAAGCUAUCGCCGGAAAGGACGAUACGAAAAAGUCCUAAGAAGGAGUCGAGUAUCGCGGAGAUAUCCGACGUCAUGCUGUCUUCGAAGGCCGCCCUGGAUGACGAGUUUUGGCACGAGUACCUGCGCCCGGAUUCCAACACCUCCAACGCCAAUAGCAAUCACAGCACGGAAGCGGACUUCACCGCCUACAGCCGCCUCUGCCAAGAUCUGGUUAACUUGAUAAAAGGCGACGAUGAGUCGCCGAACGCGGACCAAGCCAUUGCCGGCGUUACGCCGGCCGAUAAUAAAUCGAACGACGUCCAGCACGAGGUGGACGAACUCUCGAUGGGUGAUCGCGCGUGCUCUUCAGGCAAUCAUUGCUCAGGCUCUCGGCGUGUCGCGCGUAUCAACGGCAAGCACGAUGCAGCCGGGAACCCGGAGAGUCCAGCCGCAUUCUCCACGGAGGCCGAGUCGACGUCAACCGACAGCAACCUUGACUUCUACCUGCGCGUGGCGGACGAGAACGUGAAGCUGAUCGCGGCGGCUUUCGGCAGCGUGGCCGACCACCUGCGCGACAGUCGGCUCUCCGCUCGCAGGAGUUCCUCGACGUCGCGCGAUAUUUCCGAGAUCGAGAACCAGAGCGGCAGCACCCGCAGCUCCACCCUGUACAGCCCGGACGACGACCAGCUUCACCGACUUGCCACCGUCGUUUCGCCGAAACCCGAGGGGGUCACCAGCAACGAAGGGGACCAAGGCGUAAACUCCGACUACUUCGAACGGGAGGUUUUCACUGCCAACGCGGAGCUGGACUUAUCCAGAGCCGUCCGCGACCUGCAGCUGGCCGCGGCCAGUUUGUGCGAACACGGACGAGAAAUCGAGGAUCUAGGUAGAGCACGCGACAGGAAGACCGACACUGGUGUUCACGACGUAACACGGACCAGCACGAGCGGGCGCGAGGAAAUUCCUAUUAACAAAAUAAACCUCGUCGCCGACGUUCUGAGGAAAGAGCAAGAACGUCAUCAAGAGGAGGAGGAAGAAGAGGAGACGUGUUUUCACGACGCGACACCGGUGACUACCAUCAGCGAGGACGAGAGAAAGAGUCUUAUUCGUAAGGUUAGCCUCAUUGCCGACGACCUGAGGCAGGAGCGGGAACGCGAUCAGGAAGAGGUGAUGGUGAUACCGAGCGGAAUCGCGGAAACGCGACGCGAGGCGCGCGAGGAGAGCUGCGAAGGUCUCCAGACGCUCGCUCGCUCAGAUUGACGAUCGCACUGCUCGUUCGAACUGCUGACAAUCGGCGAGAGUGACAGUGCGAGAGACGAGGCGAAAGCAAGUUGAUAGUUUGUAAUAAGAAAGGGAAAUAGCGAGAAAAAAAGGGAGAGUAUACGAUGUCCGCUGUAAGGCGUAUUUGUUGUUGUUGCUCUUGUUACUGUUGUUGGUUUUAAUAAAGUUUAAAUGUUAAUCGUGCCAGUACGAAUAUCUCACUGCGCGCACACACACGCGUGCCUCUCGCCGCUAAGCGAACCAUUCCAAAUCAAGCUAUCCGAUCCUGCGCAUACACAGUCGGUUGUCGAUCGUAUCUUCUAUUCGUUAUUUGAUACAUGAUUAGGAAUGGGAUCAGGUACAUAUUGUAUCAUUGUGUCAAUAUAGCCUGCGAUAUGUUUGAGUUCACUAUAUGACUCGGAAACAUAACAGGGGCAAAGCUUUGUGAAAUAUAUUCCAGACUUGCGCGAAUAUUUUGCAACAUAAUAAUUAUGAUUGUUUAUGUUUGCAAGUAAAAUUGUAUAAAAUAUCGCCGAUUCGAAUAUACUUCAGAAAGUAUCACAAUUUUAUAUUUAAUAUGUUGCAUCGGGAGGAUGUCAUCUGGUAUACACUCGAUUCUAUAUUUAAUUUUAGUAGUCCUUUAUAAGUAUGCAAAGUGAAUUCAUGAUGUUUAAAUUUGAGAAGGUGCCAUUUAUCAAUGAAGUGAUAUUUAAUUUUUAAAUCGGCUGAAAUUCAUAUUGAGCUUGAUCCCAUCUCUAUACAUGACACCUCCAGUAUCGGAUAGAGAAAUUGCGUGUGAGAAAAUUGUAAUUCUAAAAUAAAGUUGCCUUAUUACUUUCUCUUUCGAUAAAAAAAAAAAAACACUUUGGAUUUCUCCUGACUCUCUACCUAUCAGCAGUAGUAUUCAUCAUUAUUGUGUACAAGUAUUUAAUUUGAUU